AUGGCCAUGGUGGCGCCCCGUCCGCUCGUUGGAGUGGCAGGAGCAAAGAGUGACGGAAAAGGAAUGUUCCUCGCCGCGAUCCAGGAAGCUGCUGAAUCAUCAUCGCCCGCUCCCACUCUCAGUCCCGGUUCUUCUCCCAGCGUCACUCUCCGCAAGGUGGUCAUACUCAACCAUGGCACGGUCCAGCAGCAACAACCCUCUACAGUAGCAGCCGACAGCGACGCGAAUGUCGUCAACGGCCUUGCUCACGAUUACAAUCGCGGCCUGAGAAACGAGACAGGCGACUUUUCAGGCAACAUGUCACCUGUUGUGGCGGGCAGCUCGUCUGAGCUCCUCCCCGCGGCCGAGGGUGUUCUAGAUCCGAUCUCACGGGUAUUGUAUACAUACCCACCCAUGUGUCGCUCGCCAGCUCAUCCGAACGUGCAGCAAAUUCUCGAGAGGACCCAGUCCCAGAGCAAAGUGCCCGGGGCUUCGCAAGGCGGUGUGUCUGCCAGGUCGCCUUAUGCAGACUCCGGUUACUCCGAUGAUCAGUACUCGGGCGUCUUGAAACCCGAGCCGAAUUCCUUGCGGCGGGUUGAUAGUAGCACCUCCGGCAAGGAGAAGAAGUAA